AUGAUGAUGUUAUCGCACUUACGGGCUUUGACGCCGCGAAUGCGGUUCAAUUACACAAAGCCAAUAAUAGAUAAUACGGCUUUCAAACUGCACUACAAGGUGACUGUGGUGCUACUCCUCGCUUUUAUGCUCCUCGUCUGCGGUAGGGAGUAUUUCGGAGAGCACAUCAAAUGUCUGUCAGAUCAGGGGGUUCCCCCACACGUUAUCCAGACUUAUUGCUUCUUUAUGGCUACUUUUACAAUAGUGCGGCAUUACAAUGAGAGUCUUCUAGAAGGUGGUUUCCUUCCGCAUCCAGGUGUUGGACCCAUCCUUGAAUCGGAUGAGACGAUCCGUCACACUUACUACCAGUGGGUGCCAUUCGUUCUCUUCAUACAAGCUAUUUGUUUUUACAUUCCUCAUUACAUUUGGAAGAGGAAAGAAGGUGGUAGAAUAAGAGCCUUAGUAGAAGGUCUUCAGUAUGCAAGCUUGGCUCUCAACGAAGAAGAUAUGAAAGCUGGAAACAUCGCUGUUCCUUCUAGAAAAACAAUUGAGAGUCGCGUGGAGCUAAUCAAGAAGGAUAUCUUACUGAGGUUAAGAAUAACCAGAGCGUGGUCACACUGGCUUAUCUCUAUGGAAGUGUUGAACCUUCUCCACGUCAUGUUCCAAGUUUGGAUCAUCAAUAAGUUCCUCCACGGCAGCUUCAUGAGUUUAGGUCUUAAUGUUAUGAGCUUCAGACACUGGGGUGAUAUCACCAAUCCUUUAGAGACUGUCUUUCCUAAGGUAACAAAAUGUGUCUUCCACAAAUAUGGUCCAAGUGGUGCCAUCCAGCAACACGAUGCGCUAUGCGUGAUGGCUCUCAACAUCAUCCAUGAGAAGAUUUACGUCAUACUGUGGUUCUGGUUGUUAUUCCUCUUCAUAACUUCUUUACUGGCUGUCGUGUGGCGUUUUCUAUCGUUCUUCAUGUACCGUCGCUCUCUGAAGUUCAACGAGAUGGUCUUCCGCCACGUAUCUAAAAGCAAGUUUAAUCCAUACAACGUUAUCAAUGUUGUAAAUGGCUGCGAGUUCGGGGAUUGGCUCUUUUUGUAUUACCUCGCGAAGAAUAUGAAGUCUGCUACGUUCCAUGAACUCUUCCGAAGUGUGGCUGAAGAGCUAGAGAAACGAGACAUGCCGUUCAACACGGAAGCAGAUGGGAACGAGGAAAAGGGCUCCGAACCAAUUUUAUUAGGAAAAGUCGAAUAUGACGACGAAACAUUACCACUAAAAGAUAAACGAUCGUAA